AUGAGGACAGCAUCAGAGGACAGAGGACAACAUGAGAGGACAGCAUCGAGGACAGAGGACAGAGGACAACAUCAGAGGACAGGACAGCAUCAGAAGACAGACAUCAGAGGACAGAGGACAGCAUCAGAGGACAGAGGACAGCAUCAGAGGACAGAGGACAGCAUCAGAGGACAGAGACAGCAUCAGAAGAGGCAGAGGACAGCAGCAUCAGAGAGAGGACAGCAUCAGAGGACAAAUGAGAGGACAGAGGACAGCAUCAGAGGACAGAGGACAGCAUCAGAGGACAGAGAACAGCAUCAGAGGACAGAGGAUAGCAUCAGAGGACAGAGGACAACAUCAGAGGACAGAGGACAACAUGAGAGGACAGAGGACAACAUGAGAGGACAGAGGACAGCAUCAGAGGACAGAGGACAGCAUCAGAGGACAGACGACAACAUGAGAGGACAGCAUCAGAGGACAGAGGACAACAUGAGAGGACAGAGGACAGCAUGA